UGUCGUUAUUUGGAGUAGAGUUGACCUAACCACUCUUUCCAAAUCACUCCGCGUCCUUUCCUCUAAAUUUCAAGAUGGCCACUUUUCCUGAACGAAUCCAAAGGGCGUAAAGGCAAUUUUUUCGAGCUGAAUUCUGCAAAAGCAAGGGGUGAAUUUACAUUCCGUUUGAAUAUAACCUAGUUGUGCAGACCAUGGCCACAGGUGGAUCCUCCAUGCUGAGAGGUGUGGCUUCUGAGCCGCGACCACGACCAUCUGGGUCAAGGAUCAAUCGUCCACUAGGAGGUGUAGAUGACAACUUUCGCUUCAACUGGAUCGGUGACAAGGAUGAGGACAGACCUAAUAACUAUUGGGACUGGAAACCAAGCUCCACAUUUGCAGAGCCAUCUAUGGAAAGAAGACCGGCUGCAACUGGAGCAGUAGCAUCGGGCAAAAAAUCCAAGACCAAGAACAAGGAUCGGGAGAAGACCAGUAGUGCUUCCCCGUCAACAGCAGCAGCAGUUGCUGCUGCCCAUGAGCCUCUGCCUGCAUCGCCCCCAAGCAGGGAGUCUACCCGGCGCCACACCCCGGCAACCUUCCCUCGCACCCGCAAUGUGGCCAGCGCCCGGGAACGGGUGGAGCUGGAACUGCUGAGACAACAGCUGACAUUCAGCGAAAUGGAUGAACCCAGUACAGACGGCCAAGGUGUCGCGGCCAACAAUGUACGUCGCGACGUCAGGUCGCAGUCCAAGAGAACUGCCGGCCAGGUGAACCACGUGGAUGAGAUGCCACCACCACGAGGGGCCAAUCGACAGAGGACACAGUCUGGCAAUGAUUCCAGUGUCAAUGAAAUGCCUGACAGAAACCAGAUUGUUGCAAGACUUAUGCAAAUUAGGGACUACAUGAAGCAAGCCUCUUCCAUGCUGGCCAAUCUUAAUACUGCCCCAGCACAUUCAGAUGAGCAGGUAGGCAAGCUGGUGCAGCUCCAGAGCCACUUACAGGACCAGGAGAGGGCUUAUCUGGCCCUGCUGGAACGCAUGUUGUCUGACGAGGCGACAGGACGUAGCAGUCACAACUCCAACGAGUCCCAGUCCACAUCCAUCGCUGAGAGCGCGUCCAUCAACAUCGAUGCCCAGUCGGAUAUCUCCGAUGCUACCACAGAGGGGACAUUUACCGCACGCACAAGACCAAAGAUAGAGAGUCAACUAGGGAACUACCCUUCGGACGUUGAGUAUGCCAGUGGGUCAGAGGCUUCCUUUGGCCGUGAGGACGAUGCCUCUUCUAUGAGUAGUCGGAACUCUGAGUUUGCCUCGGCCUUUGGAACCAUGGAACUGCACGAACAGUUCAGUGCGAUGCUCAGGAAGUACGAAGAGCAAGGAGAGCAGGAUGAGGAACCAGUAGCGCUGGAGACAGUCACUAAGCGACUGGAUGACACAGAGGAUGAGGAGGAGUUGGACUCAGCCAUGUCCACCCUCACUGCCCAUUCAGCAGACCCAGUCGAGGAAAAUAAGGACAUCCAGACACGCAUGGAGGAACUGGAAGGCCUGCGUCAGCAGCACGAUCUCCUCAAGAAGAUGCUUCAGCAACAGGAAGAGCUCCGCGCUUUACAGAAUCGACAGAGCGCUCUGAUGAAGUUACAGGAGGACAUUGAAGGGAGACUGAGACAAUCUGAAGACCAGAAUACUGACACAGCUUCCCAGAGCACUCUGGACGUCAGUGCCCAAUCCGAACCGACCGAGGACCAACUCCAAUCCCAACUGGCUGCCUUUGAUUACACCCAGGGAGGUGGUGCAGACCUGAGCGACCAGCGCCGGGAGCUACUCAUGAAGAUCCUGUCAGAGGACAUGGCCCGCCGAGCCCCCGAGAUGCAGAGGGCUAGGAUGCUGGACAGAAUGGACUUGGCAGAGAGAGAACAGAGUGAGGUAGCCGCUAUGAACUCGGAACACGAGGACUUGCUGAGUACAUUACACGCCUUACAGCAGAAGAAGAACCACAUGGAUGAACUACUCAGGCAGCUGCAAGAACUCAGGCCCAGCAUACCUGGAGCAACAGACACUGACUCUGCAAUGAGUGCAGCAUCCUCCAGCCAUCUCUUGGAGCAUGCCCAGUUGCAGCAAGGGGAUGAAGUCAGGGAGGCCCAGGUAGUGGGAUCAUUAGACGAAAACGAAGCCAUGGAUAAGCUCAGACGACUACAAGAGGUACGCCAGCGUCUAGAUGACCUGCGGGACCUGGUCCAGCAGUAUCAGAGUCUGGACGGGCCCACCGGUGCCCUAGCUGGAGUAGACGAGACAGGAGAUGCAAGGAAGACCUCCUCCUCGGUUAACUUUGAAGAUCCGGAGCUGAUGACCAACCUGAGACGGUUAGAGAGAGGGGAGCCUGUGGGACGAUUCCAGAUGAAUCAAGGCCUACAGGUCCAGCUGGAUACUGCUGAGGAUGGCACAUCCACACAGCAAUCAGAAGAUGAUUCCCAGCUGGCAACCACUGACACAGAGAGCAACCAGAGCUUGAUGUUAGCGUGGGGAAACGACCCCGAGAUCAGGGGCAAGAUAGAGAAACUCCAAGCUGCCAAGAGGAAGCUCAAGCAGCUCCAGGAUCUGGUGACCAUGGUGCAGCUCCAGCCCGAGGCGGCCAUGGGUCUCCCAGACGACCUGGCUGCACUGGCAGCCACCCUGCAUGAUGAAGCAGACACCUCUAAUGCUGAGAACGAAGAGGAGGAUGAUGAAGAUGAGGAUGGGGAUGAUGGUGAUGAGGGGGAGGAGGAGGAUACCAACGUAACCACGUCAGAAAUGAGUGAAGAGGUGCCUCAGGUCAGCCAAGAAACAAGGGAGGCGUAUUUUGAAGCCAAGAUGCAACAGCAGCGACGUGAGCUUGGCAAGCUGCAAGAGGAGCGUCAGCGACUACUGUCCGUCCAACAGCAGCUCAGAGACCUGAAUAAGCAGCUACCUAGAGCUCCACAGGUGAAGGCAACCAACACCACAAGACAGAACCCAUCUGUAGCAGCAUCAGCAUCCAGACAGCUAGCUGCAACACACUUGGAAGAUGUUGUCACCCCAAACCAUGAGACACUGAUAGCAGAGAAGCUGAGACACAGACGACUGCAGACAGAGCUCAAGCUGAAACAACAGGAGCUGGCAGCCCUGAUGGACCGAGUCAAACGAAACAACACUGGUGACAUGAAUUCUGACAGUGGUUCAGCACAAGGGGACAGCAAUGAUAAUGACCUUUUCCGUGUGAGCAUGCGUAGUGCUGAUGUGACUGCUGCAGCAUCCUGGGGAGGCUCCACACAGCAGAGUGAUGAUGAUGAGGAUGAUGCGUAUCCUAGCGACGGUAUCCAGCAGGUAGAGGAGGAGGAAGAACAGGAGCAGAGCCUUGCAGGUACAUCCAGCACUUACACCAUCGACGCAGCCUACCGCCAGCAUGUACCUAGACCUAACUCCUUCCCUGGCCAAGCGAUUAGGAACAAUGCUCCCCCGACACCAGUAGACCUGGAGGCACUGCAUGGGAUCCGCUACCCCAAGUGGGUCUCGGACCCACGACUGAGGGCCAGUGCAGCAGCAGCAAAGCGACAACAGAAUUUGCGUGCUGCUGAGGAACUAAUGGCAGAAGAAAGCGGUAGAUCGGCGGCAGCAGCAGGCGCUGGCCCAGACUCGGACCGCGGCUUCUACCAGUAUCAGAUACAGCAACUGCAGCAGCAGCUGCAGAACAGCAUCAACCUGUCCCAGUCCAUGAUGAGAGACCAGCAGUGUAUGAAUAACAUGCUGCAGAGCUCUAUGUCAGUAGGUGGUUUCACUGGAAUGCAGCCGCCCCCAUCUGCCCACACCCCUACCUUCGGUUCCACCACCCCUACCCCGACCAACAGUGAUCCCCGCCUGGCCAACCUGAUGAAUGACUACAACAUGCGACUGCAGCAUCAACAGCUGCAGCUGAACAUGAACCAUGCAUACAACCAGCUGUAUCAACAACAGCAGGAAAUACAGCGCUUUCAGACUGAACCAGUCAAUGUCAGCGGUGGACCUUACAGUUUUGAAGGAGCUGGGGAGCCCAAUAGUAACAACAACAGAAUGAAUGGCGUGGCUGGCUAUGACACGGGCAGCUUCACCCCAUUCGCAAGCACGUCCCCCUAUGGCUCAGGGCUCUAUCCGCAUGGAGCAGGUUUUCCUAAUUCCAACCCCUUAGACUACACCUCCCCCUUCAGCCAGAUGUCAGAAGCCUCCCGCCGACGCCAACGUGACUACGAUGCAUACGCCCGGCACCGGCAGGAACAGGAUGCCAGGCAACGCGACUACCACGUGCCACCGAAUACUGCCCAAGGCAGCGUGGAACAGUUUGACUUGAACCGGGAAGCUAAUGCGAGUAUCGACUACGGCCGGUACCCGUAUGCGUUCGCUGAGCGCGCUCCACAGCCCAGUGCUGAGGACCAGGAGGAUAGACUGUCUCAGCCAUACAUACCUCCCUUAGACAUCCAAAGACUCCUGGAAAAAUCGGAGAAGCGAAGGCAUUUGGCUCAGCAAGGCAGCACAUCAGGGCCUAAACCAACUAACAAGAAAUCAAACUCGAAGACCGGCGCAACCAAGUCCAAGGAUUCCACCCAGGGAACGAGGCCCAGCUCGGGCAAGCGGCAGGGCCCCCGUCCAGGCCUUAGCAGCUCCCUGAGUGGCACUGCCUUCUUGGAUAUUGCCAGCGUGGCUAGCAGCACUAUGUCCAUGUCCAGCAUGCCGGGGGACAUUGAGCGGCAGAUGAAGCUGCCAGAUACACAGCGGUCACUCCUCACCACUACCAGUGAAAUGGAGUCGGAUGCAGGCAGUGAGUUCUCUCUCUUUGAGGCCCUGCGCGAGUCCAUCUACUCAGAAGUAGCCACCCUGAUCUCCCAGAACGAGUCCCGCCCCCACUUCCUGAUCGAGCUCUUCCGGGAGCUGCAGCUGCUCAACUCAGACUACCUCAGACAGAGGGCGCUCUACUCACUGCAGGAUCUGGUCUCCAAGUUCUUGACAGAAGAAACGGUGCAUGUGCCCAAGGGCCCCGUUAUGGGAAAUGCGCAGACUGUCAGACAGCAGCAGCAGCAGCAGGAUCCCAGUAGCCUGUGGCAGAUGUCCACCACAGCCUCUGAGCACACUCCCAGCGAGAGCAUGAUCACAUCUGAGGAAGAAGAGAUGAAGGCCCAGAUCUACCGCACCAACCCAAAGAAGCAAACUAAGAAGACGGCCCAGCUAUCCCUGGGCUCCCUGGAUGCAGAGGAGUAUGACUACGUGGAGAGUGUAGGCUCAGCCAGCUCCAUGUCCACACCGCCUUCCUUCAGUCAGGACUUUGGCUUUGCCAAUGAUGAGCUGGGCGAUACUGUCAUUCAUCUGGACAAGGCAUUGCAGAGGAUGCGCGAGUACGAGCGUCUCAAGGCAGAAGCAGAGGCUGCAGCAGCCAUCUCAUCUGAUGCCUUGGCGUCCGAGGACAAAGCAGCCGUCAGUAACAGUGAAGUCACUAGUAACAGCUCGGCUCAGGACGUGGGUAGUGAGAGCUCCUUCUCUGAUCUACCUUACCCAAGGAUAGACACCCGUCAACUGGACCUUCAGAUCAAGAGUAUCAUGCAGGAGGUCAUUCCUUACCUCAAGGAGCACAUGGAUGACGUCUGUUCCCCUCAGCUGCUGUCCUACAUCCGCCGUCUGGUCCUGACCCUGUCCAAGCAGCGGGAUGACAGCCGGGAGUUUGUGCGCUUCUUCAAUAGGCAGCUGGGCUCCAUCCUGCAGGACUCGCUGGCCAAAUUCUCAGGGAGAAAGAUGCGGGAGUGUGGGGAGGACCUCCUGGUGGACAUCUCAGAGAUCCUCUUCAACGAGCUGGCCUUUUUCCGGCUGAUGCAGGACCUGGACACGGCCGGCAGCAAGCUGAGACAAGAAGCCGGGAUCCUGGGAGAUGAGGAUGACGAAGAAGAAGAAGAAGAAGAAGAGGAAGGGGAAGAGGAAGGUGCAACAGGGACGGAGACGGGGACAGAGACAGGAACAGCUGCCGAGGAAGAAGGUUCCGAUGAGGGUAGUAGCUCUGAAGGGGAGUCUGAUGUUAGCUCAUCCGAAGAGGCAGCGGAGCCUUCUGCCAAGGCUAAGCCAGCAGCUGCCACCCAGCCUGCCCAGAAGCCUUCCUUUGAUGAAGCAGCCCUUGAGACGGCUAUGGACAUAGCAACAUCCAGGGAAGAGGAAGAACUGGGAAAGACACGAGAUGAUGACUUGGCCCGGAAGUUGGAGGCAAGCGAUCGGGAUGAAGACAGCGAGAGUGCUUUAAGUAAAGAUCAAGUCAAGAUAGAGCUUUCAAUGAGUGAGACCAAUGCAAUUACAUAUCUUGGUAGUGGCGAGGAUGAUGAUGAAUUUGAUGAGCUGAGUGCCAAACAGGACGAGACCAUUACCAGCAUAGGGGCCGCAGCAGCACAGGUGGAGGAGGACAGCCAGGGUGCGGAACCAAGUGCGCAGCCUGAUUCCACCGAAGUAGAUACACCGAAGAGUGACGGUGACACAGAAGGAGAUCAGGACAAGCCUGAAGCAGAGGGGGAUCCCCAGGCACAAGCUCCAGCACCCUCCAGCCUGCCCAAUGGUAGCAUGGAGGCUGAUCAUGAUGAAGUCACUAUAGAUGAUCUGCCGUCCAAGAUGACAAGCCUGACUGAGGUCAAUAUUGAAACCAAAGCAUCUGAGGAGCAGGCCCCCUCAGCAGUCCUACAGAGCAUCAUUGACACCAUCGUCUCAGGUGAGGCGUCCCUGGCCGGCGACCCAGCAGCCCUGAAGGAACCCCCCACGGCCAACGGCCCACCUGUCCUCCCAACCGGUGGGGGAGAUGCCACAACGGAGGAGGCAGCCCAACCACAGAUCCAAGAGAACGGUACAUAGUCCCCACUCCCCAGGGCAACCUGUAUCACUGGAGAUGGUUUGGGUUGAAGGUAAUCCUCUUCAUGGCCCAAUUUCAUGGCGCUGCUCAGAAAAAAAAUACCACAAAGCUAAUUUUGGUGUUGAAUGACAAUUAGCUGAGAAGCAGUCAAACGUGAUGUGCACUGCCUUAUAUUUUAGCUGGUGACUUGGUUUUGCUUAGGAUUUUGUGUGUGUGUUUAGCAAAUUCCUGUGCUCAGCAGUUCAAUACAAAUGACCCCUGCCAAAUCCCAGUGUUUCCAGCUUUGAAGUGUUGUACUUCUGCAGUCUACUGUUAUUAAACUGUCAGAAGUCAGAUUUUCAUACUGAUGCAUGGUGCCAAAAUGUUACAACCAGGAAACAAUUUUGUGUAAAUUAACCCUAUAUCCAUUCCAGAUCCUUCAAAAUGCAGGUUUUAACAGCAGGUUCGGAAAGAAUUUGCGUAGUGAGUUCAAGGUUAAUUGGCAUAUUGUGAAAAACCAUUCUGUUUGGCCUUUGAGGAUGACAGGACUUAAUAUCGUUGCAUGGAUUUAGAGUGCAACACGUGUAUUAUUCUUUUAUUUUGAUAUAUUGAUGAGUACAAUGGGAAAUGUGAGAGAGAUUGGCAGCAUUAUGCUUUGUUGCAAAAAAAAAAAUCUUGUUGAUAUCGCAUAUCAGUUGUGUCACGUUACCAAUGUUCAGGAGUUUCCGUGUCCAAGGCCUUGUCCUGCGUAUUAUCACGUGUUUGUAUGAGUGAUGGACUGGUAGUCAAACCAUCCAACAGUUUAGGAGUAUUCAACUGCCAAAAAAAAAACAGCUCUUCAUCUGGCGACGUCAUGAAUAAAGGAAACGUGACAUAAGUGCAGUAGAAUUGCUACAUCAGGUUGUAAAUACUUUUUCUCCCCUUGCAUUCAAAAGCAGUUGAAUUGAGAAUUUUUGUAAUUUUGUUUGUUUACAUUACGAUGUUGAGUGAUGAUAAAAACCAAUGUACAUAAAAGUUUGUGCUUGUAAAGCAGGGGUUUAUAGUUUGCAUUCUUUGAAAUUCCUUAGCAUUUACUUUUUAGUUACUUGAGUUUUAUUAUACUUUACUGCAUGUUCUGUUUUAAUGUAUUACAAUCCAAUGUUUGCAGAUUGAAACAUAUCCAUUUUAUAUUCCUAUGCAUUUGCCUCCCAUUUCAGGCAAGAUGUUAAAUCUACAUUCCCUUUUUCUACGUUGUCUCUGUUAAACAAGAUCUCAAAAGAAGCGUUUUCUUGUUCUAAUUUGGAUUUUGAGUUGAGGAAAAAUUGUGCCUAAAAGGUGUGGGAAUGUAAAAAUCUAACAUCUUCGAAGUAUUAAAAAAAAACCUUAAAAAUAAAAAAUAAAAGAAAUAGCUGAUUUGACUUCUGUUUGUAUAUUGUCUGAAGAUAAAUUCCAGGCCACAGUCUGUGUGUAUAUGUAAUGGAAAUAUGGCUUGAUGGGGUGUAGUGUAUUUGUCAAAUCGUUUAUCAAAAAUAAAUAAAUAUUACUCGAUCCCGUCCAUGCAAAAAAAAGGAAAAUAUAAUAUAGGUUGCAGUUGUAAGAUUGUUACAAAAAAUAAUAAUAAUACCUUUAAACAUGAUUUCCAAAGCAUUUAAAGUGCUCAAGCAUUUAAAAGAAACAGUGUAAAAAUUAAUGAAAAUUCUGUGUCAAUUCUGUGUAGUUACUCCUUUAGUGGUGAACACUAUGUUUAUCUUUACAAAGAAAUUGCUGCAUUUUUGUACACAAAGGUAAUAUCUAAACUGUUAGAAUGUACAGUAAAAACAUCAUCAAUGGGCUUUCAAAUAAUAAGUCAAACACUUGAAAAAAAUGAAUAUGCAUACUUUCUAUGUAUCUUGCAUUUGCAUAGACAGCAAAGUGGUGUCAUGUAGCAUUUUGAAGCACUGACCUUUUUUGAGACUGGGCUUUGAAAGCACAUUUUGUUUUUAAUCGUACCCAAUAUGCUGUGAAAUGGUAAAAGAUGUGUACGUGUAUAUCUUAUCACAAAUUUCUUUGGGGGAGAGCCAGGUUUAAACCUGAAUUUAAAAAUGGAAAAGACACAAAUUUUCAAAAUCUUAAAUAACAGCCUUGAUGCGAAAACUGAUUAUGCGCUACUGUUGUGAGAUGCUCUAAUGUUUUGUGGAAGAAAAGAUGACUAAAAGUUGAGCAUGUUGGUCAUGUGUGUCAUAUUAAGAGUAAAGGAAAAGAUUACAAAAAGUACAUCAAUUUAUUAAAGAGAUGACCAAAAAUGUUUUAAGUACGUAAAAAAAAAAAAAAAAACAGGAAUAGAGAAAAAAUGCAAAUGAAAUCAUUCGUGAUCCUUGAAUCGUUUUGCUUACAUGUAUUCUACUGUUGCAACUUUAAUUAAAAUCGUUGUGGGUUUGGUUUUGUUUGUAAAAAUGUUAUUUGAUUGAUGUGUGUUUGAUUACCAAGAGUGCUUUAUAGUUUAUGUUCAGCAUUUAAAAUAAUUCACUGAAUUAUUUUUUAAAUAAACAACAAUAAUUAUUUCCAGGAGAAAAGGAAGUUAUCUCUGAAAGCCCAUUCCCCCUCUAGUGAUUCACAGUAGGUGAAAUAUAUUUUUCCCAGUGUUGGGAAUACUUUUGGUGAAUGAUUAGAUACUUUUCUCAGUGUGCAAUGUUCAUGUGAUGUAGAAAAAGAAGAAGAAGAGUUUCUAGCGCUGAAGGUUUAUUUUGAAUAAGGUGUUUCUUAGUUGAAAUUGGUGGUAGUAGCAAACUAGGUUGUCUAAGGACUCUAGAACAUGUUCAUGUAUUCAGAUUUCAGUGCAAACACUGGUUAAUUGGUACAGCUCUAGUACAGUAAUACAGCUGUGGCAAGUUCACAUGUUGUUUUAGCUAAUUUUCUUUGAUCAACUGAAAAUCACAUGAAGUUUGUCAGAUAACUUCUGUUGCAACUAGAAAGUGAGCUCAUUUUAUUUAAGUCCAAGACAAAUUACUGUGAGCUUUUGUAGGAAGUUUGCAACACUGUGCUUAAGGUUUUGUAAAAUGUGAAAGUGAAACUCACCUUGUAAAAUGUCUGGUGAAAAAAAUAUGUCGAUAAAGUUGAGAAAGAUCUAGGAAAUGGAUAAUUACAUGUACUUGUUUGCUAAUGAUAUAUUGUACGUGUUUUAAUAAUAUUAUUUUUUGCUUUAGGUGCGCAGAAAAAGACUGCACCUGAGCAAGAUUCUUAAGGACUUUUCUCAUCGAUUGUAUUCAUAUGCAAGAUCAAGAUCACUCUUGUGGAAACAAAUAAUCCUCAUUGUUACAUGUAUAUCUUUUGUGUAUAUGGAUAUACAUGUAUCACACCUUUGCAUAAGAUCAGCUUCUACACUCACACAGUUUGUCACGUAGGUUUUAAUCCACACGAGGGCUACAAGCUAUUAAGUAAACCCAUUGGUUUGAUACAUUUAGUCCAUCAAGAAAUAAAAGAUGUUUACAGAACACCUGGUGGCCGGUGUUCUGUUCAAGAUAACAAACGGAUAAGUAUCUUAGCUUUGAGCUUGGCACAAUGCCCAGAUUUUAUACCUAAACAUUGAUCUGUGAUUUACGAACACAAACCUGUUAAGUUUAUGCGUCUGUGUCAGAUUUCAAGACUUGUGUAAAUAAAAGUCUAACAUUGACAA